AUGGCCGUCACUAAACCCGCGCACUCUAGCUCCUAUUGCCGUAAACUAGCUUUGGCUGUAGUCAUGAUAAUAGAGCGGAAACAGGCAUCCAGCCCGCGGCUCAAAAAUCGGCUGGUAGAUCCCAAGGCUUCAGCCACCAUGUCCACUCAGCAAGGCUCCAAACCCUGUGUUUGCUUUGGCCAAGUCGUCAUCGGACCUCCGGGCUCUGGGAAAACCACGUACUGUCAGGGCGUGCAGCAGUUCCUGACCGGCCUGGGACGGAAGGUAGUGGUGGUGAACUUGGAUCCAGCUAACAGCCGCCUUCCAUACAACUGUGCAGUGGACGUGUUAGAGCUGGUCACUCUGGACGACGUGAUGGAAGGUUUGAAGCUGGGGCCCAACGGUGGCCUCUUGUACUGUAUGGAGUAUUUGCGGGCCAAUCUGGACUGGCUGAAGACUAAAUUGGACACAUACAAUGACUGCUACUUUCUUUUCGACUGCCCGGGACAAGUGGAGCUGUACACUCACCAGAGCUCUGUGAAGGAUGUGUUUGCACAGCUCGCCAAGUGGCACUUCAGGUUGACGGCGGUGCAUCUGGUGGACUCUCACUACUGCACAGAUCCAGCUAAGUUCAUCUCGGUACUUUGCACUUCUUUGUCCACCAUGCUUCACGUGGAGCUGCCUCACGUCAACAUUCUCUCCAAGAUGGACCUUAUCGAGCAGUACGGGAAACUGGCCUUCAACCUUGACUUCUACACGGAGGUUAUGGACUUGUCUUUUCUACUUGACCAUCUGGCCUCAGACCCGUUCUUCAAGAGGUUUCGGCGACUUAACAAAAAGUUGACAGAGGUCAUUCAAGACUAUGGCCUGGUGUCAUUUGUACCACUCAACGUGCAGGACAAAGAAAGCAUGACGCAGGUUUUGCGAGCUGUAGACAAAGCCAAUGGUUACUGCUUUGGGGAUUUGGAGGAGAGAAACCUGCAGGCCAUGAUGUCCGCGGCAGUGCAGGCAGACUUCCAGUUUGAUUCAACACUUGGAGUCCAUGAGCAAUAUGUUGAAAGCAGCGAAAAGAGCGUGGAAGAGGAGAUGAUGGAACUGUGA